UGACAAAUGACAAGGUCCCAAAGGGGAUAAAAAUCACUAAAUUCAGAUUUCCUAAUUAAUUCCUCGUAAUAAUGGCAUUGGCUUUGAUAAAAAAGUCAAUAUUGAGACCUAAUAACGUGAGAAAGUCCUUAGAAAUUUUUUGCAAUGCCACACGAAACCACUGGAAUUAUCAAUACAAACCGGGUCCGUAUCCAAAGACCGCUGAAGAACGCGCUGCAGCUGCAAAAAAAUACAAGUUAUCGAUAGAGGAAUAUGAACCUUACCCUGAAGAGAUGGGAUAUGGAGACUAUCCAAAAAUGCCUGACAUUGGUGCCGAUUCGAAGGAUAAUUUCUACCCUUACGAUUAUCCAGAAUUUAAAAGAAAUUUCAAUGAACCGUUCCAUGUGAAACAUGAAAUUAUUGGUGAAGAUCGUUACGAUAUAAGUAUGAGGCCAAGAGUUCCAGCGUCUGAAAUGUUGGUAUGGUUCUUUGGUGUAGUUGGCGGAAGCUUCCUGCUUUUUUGGUGGCUUGAGGAUUAUAAAAUUGGAAGACCAGUUGUUGCUAAGCAGUUUCCCAGAGAUGGACCCCACUACCUGUUUACUGCAAAAGAAUAAAGUAGAACUUUCAAGAUAUGUGUAAUAUUAUGUUGAAAAUAGAUUGAUUCAUUAAA